AUGACAAGAUACGGGCGGUGUUAUGCCCCUGAAGAAGUAGCACGAGGAGCACCAAGCAAAGAAAAUGGCCAAAAGAAAGCUGUGACUGAGGCUGAGGUUGAAGAGUUUUGGAGGAAAAUGCCAACCAAGGAUUAUUCUGUGGUGGAACAGUUGAAGAAAACUCCAGCCCAAAUUUCCUUAUUGUCGUUGUUGAUGAGUUCCGAAACCCAUAGGAACGCUUUGGUGAAGGUACUGACUGAAGCUUAUGUUCCAGCUGAGACCUCCAGCGAGAAAUUUUCAGCCAUGAUUGGAGAAAUUCUCGAAGCCCACAAGGUCUCUUUUCAUGAGGAUGAGUUGCCACCUGAAGGUGUCGUGGGAGAGAUUGACUUGGCAUUGGAGAUUGGACCUGUGGAGUUCAUGGUGGAAUUCCAAGUAAUGGAUAUAUCUGCUAGCUACAAUUUGUUGAUAGGAAGGCCAUGGAUUCACAUGGCUGGUGCGAUUCCUACCUUGCAUCAAAGUUUGAAGUUUGUUUGGAACCAGCAAGAAGUUGUGAUCCAUGGAGAGGGCAACAAUUCGAUCUAUCCCGAGAAUGCAAUUCCUGUUAUCGAGAGUGUAGAAAGGCUGGACGGAUCUGUUUUCCAUAUUAAGGAAACCGUGUGUACCACUCAAGGUGAAAAGAUAAAGUUGCCACGUGUGCUUAUGAUGGUAGCUUGGGAAAUGUUGAAGAAUGGUUUCAAGCCUGGUCGGGGUCUUGGAGUGAACUUGCAUGGAAUAGUAGAACCAGUUCAGUUGCCCGGUCAGAAGGAUACUUUUGGUCUUGGAUACGAGCCCACUCCUGAAGAAGUUUCACUGCUAGUCUCAGAAGGAAAGGUGAUAUUCCCUUGCCAAAGCCUCAUUCCAACUAGUAAAUCUGCCGAUACUGUGAAUUCGACACGUAAUGAAACAAGCGAACUAAUUCUAAAUGCCGAACCAGAUUCUGCAGAAUAUGAAGAAGACAUGCAACCUGAAGAGUUAACUAAGGAUUUUGAACAUUUUGAGAAUAAGCCAAAACCGAAUUUGGAUGAAACAGAAACCAUAAAUCUGGGAGACUCAGAAACUGUGAGAGAAACAAGGAUUAGUGUCCAUCUAACUCCAGCACAAAGGGAAGAAUUAAUCAACCUUUUGAGGCAAUAUAUAGACGUAUUCGCAUGGUCUUACGACGAUAUGCCAGGUUUAAGCACAAACAUUGUUUCGCAUAAGUUGCCUAUUGAUCCAUCUUGUCCUCCGGUGAAACAAAAGAAGAGGAAUAUCAAGCCGGAUUUGAGUUUAAAAGUCAAGGAAGAAGUCUCCAAGCAAUUUGAUGCAAAGGUUAUUCGAGCUGCGAGGUAUCCCACUUGGCUAGCCAAUAUCGUGCCGGUACCAAAGAAAGAUGGCAAAGUCAGGGUAUGCGUGGAUUAUCGGGAUCUCAACAGGGCCAGUCCGAAAGAUGACUUCCCACUCCCGAAUAUUCACAUACUUAUUGAUAACUGUGCAAAGCAUGAGCUGCAGUCGUUCGUUGAUUGCUUCGCAGGAUACCACCAAAUUCUGAUGGAUGAAGAAGAUGCUGAGAAAACGGCAUUCAUCACACCUUGGGGAGUCUACUACUAUCGGGUGAUGCCUUUUGGGCUCAAGAACGCAGGUGCUACCUACAUGAGGGCCAUGACUACCAUUUUUCAUGAUAUGAUCCACAAGGAGAUUGAAGUCUAUGUGGACGAUAUCAUCAUCAAGUCACGAAAGAGUUCAGAUCACCUGACGGACUUGAAGAAGUUCUUUGACAGGUUGAGGCGAUAUAAUUUGAAAUUGAAUCCCGCAAAGUGUGCAUUUGGUGUUCUGUUUGGGAAGCUGUUAGGUUUUAUUGUGAGCAGGAGGGGCAUAGAAUUGGAUCCUUCAAAGAUAAAGGCUAUUCAAGAGUUGCCCGCCCCAAAGAGUCGAAAGGACGUGAUGAGUUUCCUCGGUCGACUCAACUACAUUAGCCGAUUCAUAGCACAAUCGACAGUAAUAUGUGAGCCGAUAAUCAAGCUAUUGAGAAAAGAUGCCGCUACCAGAUGGACGGAAGAUUGCCAACGUGCUUUUGAUAAAAUCAAGGAGUAUUUGUCUAAUCCGCCAGUUUUGGUGCCUCCAGAAGCCGGGAGACCUUUGUUAUUAUAUUUGUCUGUGUCAGAAAAUGCAUUCGGAUGCGUGCUGGGACAACAUGAUGAGACAGGAAAGAAGGAGCAAGCAAUAUAUUAUUUGAGCAAGAAGUUCACACCCUAUGAGGCUCGCUAUACUUUGCUGGAACGCACCUGCUGUUCUCUGACUUGGGUUGCACAAAAGUUAAGACAUUACCUGUCUGCAUAUACUACUUAUCUCAUUUCAAGGAUGGAUCCACUCAAGUAUAUCUUUCAGAAGCCCAUGCCUACUGGGAAGUUGGCCAAAUGGCAAAUCUUGCUAAGUGAGUUCGAUAUUGUAUAUGUCACCCAAAAGGCUAUCAAAGGGCAGGCAAUAGCAGAUCAUCUUGCUGAAUAUCCUGUAGAUGAAGAAUACACGCCUCUUAAAACUUAUUUCCCUGAUGAAGAGGUGUUGUUUGUCGGAGAGGAUAUCUCAGAGGAAUAUCCAGGUUGGAGAAUGUUCUUUGAUGGAGCUCUCAGGUUUCCGUGCACCAACAACAUGGCAGAAUACGAAGCUUGUAUUCUUGGACUCAGAAUGGCUGUCGAUAUGAGCAUACAAGAAUUAUUGGUUAUAGGUGAUUCCGACUUGUUGAUUCAUCAAGUACAAGGCGAGUGGACCACUAAGAACGUGAAGAUACUUCCGUACCUGCAUUGUGUGAAAGAUUUGUGUAAGAAAUUUAUCAAGGUGGAAUUCAAACAUGUUCCUAGGGCUCAAAAUGAGUUCGCGGAUGCUUUGGCGACCUUGUCCUCCAUGAUUCAACAUCCGGACAAGAAUUAUAUAGAUCCUAUCAAGGUGAGUGUGCACGAUCAGCAAGCCUAUUGUUUCCAUGUGGAUGAAGAACCUGAUGGAGAACCUUGGUACUAUGACAUUAAAAGGUAUCUCGAGGCAGGAGACUAUCCAGAAGGCAUAACCAGUGUUCAGAAGAGAACGCUUCGAAGAUUAGCAAACCACUUUUUCUUAAGUGGAGAAAUCCUUUAUAGGAGGACUCCAGAUUUGGGAUUGUUAAGGUGUCUUGAUGCCAAAGAAGCCGCCAAGUUGAUUGAAGAAGUGCAUGGCGGUACAUGUGGGCCUCACAUGAAUGGUUUUACUUUGGCUAAGAAAAUUCUGCGAGCAGUUGAAUGUGACCAGUUCUCCCUGGCCUUUGCAGCUUGGGGCAUGGACGUUAUUGGUCCUAUCGAGCCAGCCGCGUCAAACGGACAUAGGUUCAUUUUGGUAGCCAUCGACUAUUUCACGAAAUGGGUAGAAGCGUCUUCGCACAAGUCAGUGACGAAGAAAGUGGUGGUAGACUUCGUUCGCAAUAACAUCAUUUGCCGAUUUGGAAUCCCCGAGUCAAUUAUAACAGAUAAUGGGGCUAAUCUCAAUAGUGGUCUGAUGCGGGAAAUUUGCGAAACAUUUAAGAUUACUCACCGCAAUUCCACCCCAUAUCGGCCUCAGAUGAAUGGAGCAGUUGAAGCAGCCAACAAAAACAUCAAGAGACUUUUGGUCUAUGGAACAGAAGCUGUGUUACCUGCAGAGGUGGAGAUACCAUCGUUGAGGAUUAUCCAAGAAGCUGAACUGAGUGAUGCCAAAUGGAUACAAAAUCGUUAUGAACAAUUGAUGCUUAUUGAUGAAAAGAGAAUGAACGCAGUUUGUCACGGACAGCUUUAUCAGAACAGGAUGGCCAAAGCUUUCAACAAGAAGGUAAGACCAAGGCAGUUCAAACCGGGGCAAUUGGUAUUGAAGCGCAUAUUCCCAUGCCAAGAGGAAGCCAAGGGAAAAUUUGCACCCAAUUGGCAAGGACCUUAUAUGGUUCAUCGGGUAUUAACUGGAGGAGCACUGAUUUUAGCAGAAAUGGAUGGCGAGGUGUGGCCGAAAGCUAUCAACGCAGAUGCUGUGAAGAGAUACUACGUCUAG